AUGUCCAACAGCACUGGGAAUAAACACGAUGAGCGCCCGGUCGUCUGGUUCGACAUAGAUAACACUCUCUAUUCGGCCAGCGCAAAGAUCUCGCAGGCUAUGGGUGUCAGAAUACAUGAUUACUUUGUCAAUCUUGGACUCGGGCACGAGGAGGCCUCGGAACUUCACCACCGAUACUACACCCAGUACGGGCUCGCCUUGAGAGGGUUAACGCGACAUCACAAUGUAGACCCCCUCGACUUUGACAAGAAAUGCGACGGCUCCCUGCCUCUCGAAGAGAUGAUUAAAUACGACCCCAAGCUUCGAAAGCUUUUCGAAGAUAUCGAUAGAUCCAAGGUCCGCGUAUGGGCCCUUACCAAUGCUUUCAAACCUCAUGCGCUACGCGUACUGCGCAUCCUUAAACUAGACGAUCUGGCUAUGUCCAAAGCAGGUAUAACCGAUCCUUCCAAGUGCUAUUUCGUCGACGACAACCGGGCAAACGUGGAGGCUGCGGCAAAGGAGGGCUGGGGGCACUGUGUACACUUCUGCGAGAAGGGCCUUCACACCGUGGAAGGAGGAAAGGUCAGCCAAAUCGGCAACGAGCCCCUUUCUGAUGCGAGCCCCACUGUCAUCGACAUCUCGCAUCUGGAAGAGCUGCGAAAGAUUUGGCCAGAGAUCUUUAUUCAAGGUGAACCGGAACCAAAUGGGGUCUGA